CGAAAGUCCAAAUUAGACCCCUUCUUGUGUGCCUUCUUGUGAUACUUACUGUGCGCCCGCCAUCCUCCUGCGCCACCUAAAAACUGGCAUUCAACUGGAAAAAUCAAUGGAAUCUAUUAAGGAGGAAGUCGCACCACUGUUACUCCUGCCCAAAUCAUGGGAGGUACCUGUUGUCCCCGCCGCCCUCUGUAUCAAGACACCAUUGUUGAACAUCAAACUCAAGCAAUCCCGAUAUGAAGAUAUCUGGAGUGAGGACGUGCACGCUGCAUUCAUGGAAGCCAUUGCCAUCUACCCGCCAAUGGGAAAGCGACGGCUCAGAUAUGUACGUAUACUCAAAGAAGAUCAAGAUGAAACCGCGGAGUCGUCCCGCCUCGUCAAGUCGUUCGGUCGGUGUCAACUCAUUCAGUCGUACAUUCUAGAGAAGACCGGCAAGAAUCGUACUCGGAAGCAAGUAUCAAGUCAUCUUCAAAGACUGAAGAAGAAGUACAAGAACGAUAUAACCAGUCUGUUUUCUCAGUGUCGGCAUGCUUUCCUACUGAAUUGCACUUCGCAGAACGUGCAUUGUUCUUGGAGAUCUCGCAGGUAACUCAAAGGUAUUCUGACCGAGAAGAACCGGCGCCAUCUUCCGAAGGAAUCCAGACAGAUACUUCCCCGCCUCUGUCUUCGUCCUCCAAUCAGGCUUCACCCUUUGGUGGUAUCGUCCGGGA